AUGGAAAGCGCCGUCUCGAUCCACCAUGGUCCCUACGAGGCCAUCCCUACCACAGCAUCACCAGGUCUUAAAUUUCUCCAACGAUUCCUACCAGCACUAGACUCCCUCACACCUGCUGAAAAUCCCAUCAGCCCUUUCUUCACACCCAGCGCUCCGAUCCUCAUCGGUAGCGAUCCACCAACAGCCGCAAGCCAAGCAGUUCCUCUCCUCGAAGUGCGCAGCCGUCACAUCUGCAAAUUCCACCAUCAAGUUCAUCUCGCCUGGGAUAUAGAUCUCGGGAGGGACAUAGGCCCCGUCCAGACAUCGUACAAUAGGACUGCUCCAAAUGAAGAAACCGCACAAAGGGGCCAGCUCUAUGCCCCGCUAGCAGGGAACAUACAAAUGAAGCGCACGGUCAUGUUUGAAGCAACAUCCGAAACAACAUUCAAAGAGGACCCUGACCAGUUCGCAGUCCGAGUCCGUGAGUUCAACGUCCUCGACCUGGAAGGCCGCGAUGAGUCGGAUCUGCAGAUCGUUGAAAUGCGCAUCUUUUUGGAUCAGAGACCUAUCCAGGCCCAUUCGGCAAUACAGGGACAAGCAGAGAUCAUCCACAAUGUCUCAGGGGCUUUGGAUAAGUAUGAGUCCAAGCUCAGUGAGAUCAACCAGAAGAUCUGGUCCAAUCCCGAGUUGGCAUUCAAGGAGUACAACGCCCACGAUAAUAUCUGCCAGUUUUUUGAGUCGCUUGGGGCUGGAUACCAGGUUAAUAGAAAGGCUUAUGGCAUUGAGACGGCGCUUGAGGUGAUCUAUAAGCGCGGUGAGGGCGGUCGUACUAUGGCUUUCAACGCAGAGUACGAUGCCCUUCCAGGCAUGGGACAUGCAUGUGGACACAAUUUGAUUGCUACAAGUUCGAUCGCGGCCUUUCUAGCCACCUGCGAAGCAAUGGAUGUUCUGUACUCGGAUGGGGUUGGGUAUUCAGUUCGGCUGCUGGGGACUCCUGCCGAGGAGGGUGGUGGUGGAAAGCUCCUGCUCAUCGACGCGGGCGCAUACAAAGAUGUGGACGCAUGCUUCAUGGUUCAUCCAUUCCCGGUGCUGUCCGGCGUGCCCGAUCUUAUUAGCUCGAGUUCCUGCGCCGGCAUGUAUCUCGCAAAUGACAAGGUUCAGGUGACGUUCACUGGCAAACCGGCACAUGCUUCUGCUGCUCCGUGGGAGGGUAUCAAUGCUCUAGAUGCUGUGGUAUCUGCGUAUGUGAACAUUUCAAUGCUGCGACAGCAGAUCUUGCCGACGCAAAAGAUUCACGGGGUUAUUUCACGAGGUGGAGAGAGACCGAAUGUUAUUCCUGCCUCUACAACGGUUGAAUACUAUAUGCGAUCGGAGACUGCAAAGACACUCAAGCCAUUGACUGAGAAAGUGCUCAAAUGCUUUGAGGCUGCCGCGACUGCUACUGGCUGCACGGUGGAAUACGAAUGGGAGGCGUCAUAUAAGGAUAUGAAGAUCAACAAGCCUAUCUGUGACAGCUACGUCUCUGCCAUGAAUGCCAUGGGUCACAGCACUAUCUUUGAUGCCGCAGGGCAGGUAGGAGGUCUUAGCGGAGGAUCAACUGAUAUGGGCAACGUCUCAUAUGAAGUACCCGGCUUCCACGGUGGAUUCUAUAUUCACGCUGAUGGUGUCAACCACACGCCACAAUUUACUGCCGGAGCUGGAUCUGAGGAUGGGUUCAAGCGUAGUUUGCACUGUGCAGCGGGAAUGGCUGUGGUGGCGUGCCGCGCAUUAGUCGAUGAAAGUUUCGCCACUGCCAUCAAGUCGGACUUUGAGAAUGGCUUAGAAUUGUGA